ACCAUAUCCAAGUGUUGAAGCACUAUAUAUCUUGACCCCGUGCGAGGAUUCUUGUCGACGAUUGGUAGAUGACUUGGCUCGUAGUGGUGGUCCAAUGUAUGCUGCAGCUCACGUUUUUUUUAUCCAAGGCUUGGAAACGAAUUUGUUAAAGGAUCUUUCUCGAAGAUUAAAAGAGGCCAAUGUGCAGGACCUUGUCAAGAGCCUAAAGGACAUGUAUAUGGAUUUUAUUGUACGCGAACCCGCAGUGUUUGCUUUGGAUGAUUCACAAAAGUUCUUUACAUUGUUCAGCGACCGAGGUACCAGCGAAGACUGGACAAACUCAGCGAGCAAAAUUGGUGGAGACCUAGAUGAUGUGGCAAAGCAGUUAUUGUGCGUAUGUGUAUCAUUAGGUGAAAACCCACUUAUCAGAUACCAUCGCCCAUUGGAUGUACAAGGCGCUGUCAACCGAAAUAUCCCAUGGCAUUUAGCCAAAGCCUUACAGAAACAAUUGGAUGAAUUCUGUAAAAUCAACCCCAAGUUUCCGCCCCCACGAGAUCCACCCAUGCCAAGCGGUACAAUUAUUUUGUUAGACCGUACAAUUGACCCCGUAUCCCCGCUUUUGCACGAGUUCACCUAUCAAGCCAUGGUAGCCGAUUUACUUAAUGUGGAAGAAACGCCAAGUGGUUUGAAAUACUCUUACGAAUAUACACAAGAGGAUGGCACCACUAAAGAUCAAGAAACUCAGUUGAACGACCAAGACAGUGUUUAUACCUCGAUCCGUCAUACGCAUAUUGCUAUCACAACAGAGCAACUUAUUGACGAUUUCAACAAAUUUAUGGCGGAAAACGAUGGUGGAUCUGGAGGUCACGCAUCCGUUAAAAGCUUAAAUGAUAUGAAGCACAUGAUUGCAAAUCUGCCGCAGUUCCAAGAGAUGAAGACCAAGUUUUCUGCACAUAUGACUAUUGCCAGCGACUGCAUGUCUGAAUUUCGUGAGCAAAACUUGGAUGCCAUCGGUCUUCUUGAACAGAAUAUGGCAUGUGGUGAAACUCCAGACAAGAGCGUUCCGAAACAUUUGGUCGACGAGCUGUUGCCAAUUCUAGAUGAUCCAUACACAAGCCAGACCAUAAAGUCACGUCUGAUUAUGUUAUGGUUUGCCACUUGUGACAAGGUUGAUCCAGAGGAGCUUGAAUUGUUAUUGGCGCACGCACGUCUUGAUAAAAAGUACAAGGAUGCCAUUGAUAACUUGUCUUAUCUGGGCGUACAGCUUUCUAAAUCGGCUAGCAAGCAAGGGCCAUAUCAAAGAAACGAUCGAUCAGAGCUUAUUCCCUCUUUUGCGGAUAGCUAGACCCGAAGAUUUGCGCCGUGACUCUUCCCAUUCACCCAAAGAAGGUUUACAAUUGCGUGUGUACAAGACGCAAUGGCACAAAAAGUCCACU